UGCGAGUCCACAAAACAAGAUGGCGGCUCCCUUGGUAUCUUAUCGCGCUUUGAGAAUUUUUCAUUUUUUAUCCAGAUUUCUCAAAUGAAGGACACAAAAUGACAUUUAAAACGAGUCCUUAGAUGUCAGGGUCUCUUCAAGGAAAUUUUUAAAGAGCGUUUAAUCCAUUUUCUGAAGGAUAUUUAUAUAAAAAACACUUUCAUCUUUUUACACCCAAAACAUCGACAACUUCGAGCUCCAGUGUUUUUAGUAAAUGCUAAAAAAUGUUAACUACUUCAGGAUAUUUUAGUGAAGCAGGAAAGAAGAGUGAAGUGAGCGAGCUAAAGAAGCUUCUAGAUGAAGCAGCAAUACAGAGGGAUCCUGCACAGUACAAGAAAGUCAUUCAAAGAGUCAUUGCUUGUAUGACCCUGGGAAUGGAUAUGUCAUCUCUGUUUAUGCAGAUGAUUAAGGCAGGUGCCACAAAUGACUUAGUCCAGAAGAAGCUUGUAUAUCUUUACAUAUGCACCUAUGCACAGUCCAACCCUCAGCUUGUGAUACUAGCAGUCAAUACAUUACUGAUGGACAUCAAGGACAGUAGUGCCAUGAUAAGAGGCCUUGCAUUGAGAAGUAUGACUUCCCUAAGGUUACCAGGUCUGUUGGAGUACAUAGAAGAACCAGUGAUCACAGCGCUAAAUGACCUAAGUCAUUAUGUACGACGUACAGCAGUCAUGGGCUGCGUUAAACUUCAUCAUCAAAACCCUGACUUUGUUGAAGAACAUGAUGUAAUUAACAAGUUGAAGAAGAUGACCAGAGAUGAAGACCCACAGGUUGCCUGUAAUUGCAUAGCUGYAUUAGAUGAAAUCCUUGCAGCUGAAGGAGGACUUGUAAUUGACCAAGCACUGGCUCACCACUUGCUCAACAGACUCAAGUCUAUGAGUGAGUGGUGUCAAUGUCAGGCGUUGGAGGUUCUGACACGCUAUACUCCUGCCGAGGUGAAUGAAAUGUAUAAUAUCAUGAAUCUUAUUGAUGCUCGGCUAAAGCAUCCCAAUGGAGCAGUUGUCAUGGCAACCAUCAAGUUGUUUUUACACCUUUCAAAAGAUAAUCAGGAGUUACAAAACGAUGUUCUGCUGCGAGUCAAAGGUCCUCUCAUCUCAAUGAUGUCAUCUACAAACUAUGAAACUAUCUAUACUGCAAUCAGCCACCUGGAACUGUUGCUUGCUAAGUGUCCUAGCCUCUUUGAAAGUGAAUACAAAACUUUCUUCCUAAGGUUUAAUGAUCCUUUGUUUCUGAGACAAAAGAAAGUUCAGAUUCUCACAACAAUAGCAUCAGAAUCAAAUGUGGAAGAAAUCGUCACUGAAAUGAGUGAACUUGUGCAUGACAUAGAUGUGGAACUUUCACAAGAAUGUAUUAAAGCCAUUGGAAAGAUUGCCUUUGCUCUUCCCAAGGCAGCAGAGUAUUGUGUAGACACACUACUGAGCUAUCUGUCACGGGAGACAGAGAGCAUUACAUCACAGACACUAAUAGUYAUUAGAGAUCUUCUACCACACUAUGAAAAAUAUGCCAUAGCAGUGCUGCCACAGCUGAAGGAAUGUAUUGAUCUUGUUCAGGAUCCAAAGGGUAAAGCUGCAAUAAUAUGGAUGCUGGGAGAGUAUGGGCAGAGUAUUCCAGAAAGCCCCUACAUUUUAGAGUCACUAGUGGAUAGCAUAGAAGAAGAACAGUCUUCAGAGAUAAAGCUACAGCUCCUAACAGCAAUGAUGAAACUGUUUUUUAGAAAGCCUCCUGAAUGCCAGGAAAUGCUGGGUAGAUUAUUAGCAUACUGCAUUGAUUCUGAGACACACAUUGAUGUUCAUGAUAGAGCUCUCAUGUACUAUAGACUGCUAAGAGAAGGAACUGAUGUGGCUGAGAAAGUUGUUUGUGGUUCAGUGGGAAGGAUUAGUUCAAGUAGCAGUAUCGAUAACAAGGAAGCAAACGACAGCUGCAAGGUACACCUUUUCAGUGAGUUCAAUACACUUUCUGUGGUAUAUGGGCAAACAGCAGUGAACUUUGUAUGUCAGACUAUCCCUUACAUCAAAGGCAGACCAUACACUAGAAAAAAUGGAAGAUGAUGGUGGCUUAUUCCUAAUUGAAACAAAUGUCAAUGGAGCAACAAAAGAACUCACAGCUAAAAUUAAAGGAGACAAUGACGAGUUGGUUAAAGAGUUUGUAGAACUUUAUAAAAAUACCAUUACCAGAAAAUGGAACCAAUGACAGCAGAUGUUCAUAGAAACAAAUAUUCAUAGAAUAAAAUAGAAAAUAUUAUUUCAGACCAAAAAAUAUAUAUUAAUAAAAUUUAGAUUAUUACUUAGAUAUUGAUGAAAUACCAGGUUUUCUCUAGUGUCGAAAACUUGAUAUCUUUCACCAGUGGAAGAUACCAUAUCUUUCACACAUGAAGAUAUCGCUGUUGAC